CUGAUGCCGUCCGCUCGGCUCACCCUCCGCGAAGAGGACGUGGUCCGGCUGGCGCUCGAGUUCCUGCACAACCGCGAGCUGCACAUCUCGCAGCUGAGCCUGGAGCGCGAGACGGGCGUCAUCAACGGCAACUACAGCGACGACGUGCUCUUCCUGAGGCAGCUCAUCCUCGACGGCCAGUGGGACGACGUCAUGGAGUUCAUCCAGCCGCUGGAGGCGCUCAAAACCUUCGACAUGAGGAAGUUUAGCUAUGCCAUACUCAAGCACAAGUACAUCGAAUUACUCUGCAUCAAAUCUGAGGCAAACGUGCAAGGCUCCAGCGUGGACAACGCGGUAGAGGAAGUAGUCAAAGUACUAAACGAGUUAGAGAAGUACUGCCCAACCAAAGAAGAAUAUUCCAAUUUAUGUUUAUUACUUACAUUACCCAGACUCACGGACCACCUCCAAUACAAAGACUGGAACCCUUCGAACGCUAGGGUUCAAUGUUUCAGGGAAGUCUACCCGUUUGUAGCAGAGUUUCUUCCGGGGGACAAAAAAAGUAUGGACAGUAAUGCCAAUUCUAGGAACGACAGACUGAUUCAAUUAGUGAUAAAGGGUAUCUUAUACGAAUCCUGUGUAAACUACUGUCAAGCCAAAGCAACGGGAAGCGCGGACACCCACUCCCAAGAAAUGAGUUUCUCCCGACUCCUAGAUGGCAGUGUCGGCUUCAGCGACAGUGACCUAUCCCUCCUCUCCUGGCUCCAAAGCGUACCAGCCGAGACAUUCUCGGUACCAUUCGAGCAAAAAACCCUCAACGUUGACGUAGAACGACUGGAACGACCCUCUUUGGAGACUUCUUGGACGGAACACAUGCUGGUGACGCCCAUCAAACCGAAGACGUUUCCUCAUUCCGCCAUGCCGUUUACCAGGCCCAGGUCCGCGGCGGAUAUUAUGACUAGGUCCUUAAUGCCGGUGCUGGAUGGGUUGCCUUAUGGCUUGUCGCAGAGUACUGCGGUGUCGAACGGGAAUCCCAGAGCGAUGGCUAUGAGUACGGGGGAUAUUAGUUUGAACGGGCCAAUGUCUAGGAGUAGUUUUGCCAGUUUUCAUCUCACGGGAAUUAAGAACAACAAACUAAUGAACACUUCGGUCGACCGACUUUUCGAAAACGAAGGCGAAGUUUUCCUAUCCAACAGUUACGCCGAUUUUCAACAACUUCCUUGCAUACAAGAACAAACCAGCACUCCCAAGUUACACGGCCAAUCGAAUAGUUCCCAGUCAGUACCAAAAAGUCCAGACAGGAAGUUUUCUAACGCUUCCACGCCAGAACACCGAGGCAGAGAGAGUCCUGCAUCGGGUAGUACUGCUAGAUCGUCUAGAAGGGACUCCUUAAAUGAACGGCCAGCUCCGCCUCAUCAAAAUGUCACUUUGACACCUGCCGUACCCAUAGACGUGCCCCUGGACCAAAGCUAUACUGGUGAACUGGUGAAAGAGUUCCAAAAAACGAAACAAAAACUACAAGAGGCUAUGGCGCUGAGGGAGAGAGAACGAGAAGAAUUGAUGAGGCAGAUGCACUAUGGUGCCCAAGGCGAGAGCAAUGGAAAAUACACGGAAGAAUGUAAAUCCACCAAAAAUCUCAAUGGAAAUCAUGGAUCUGGAUCGCCCAAACCUACUUCCAAUGGAGAUUUUUAUAGGGAUUCAGUUUCCUAUGACAAUACUUCUGUUGGCAGCGCAAAGUCGACGGCCAGAAACAAUACGGAGAUUGAUGCCGAGAUAAAUGGCGCUCCCAAACCAAAGUUCGUUGCUGUAACCACUUUGGAAGAUGUCCAAGCUGUCCGGUGCGCGGAGUUCCAUCCCGGUGGUCAACUAUACGCUGUCGGAUCCAACUCCAAAACUCUACGGAUAUGUGGUUAUCCGAAACUUACAGACCUCAGGGAGGACCAUGAGACCUACCAACCAAUGGUGCUGUUCAAACGCACCAAGCACCACAAAGGCUCCAUCUAUUGCCUGGCCUGGUCACCGGUUGGUGACUUGAUGGCUACCGGGUCUAACGACAAGACUGUUAAGCUGAUGCGUUUCAAUGCCGACACCUCCAACUUAGAAGGAGAAGAGAUCGAAUUGACGAUGCAUGAUGGUACCGUUAGGGAUAUAUGUUUCUUAGAAGAUACCACGAACAAGUCCAGUUUGCUGAUCAGCGGUGGAGCUGGAGAUUGUAAAAUAUACGUAACAGACUGUGCUACCGGCACACCUUUCCAAGCUUUAAGCGGACACACUGGUCAUAUUUUGUCAUUGUACACAUGGGGAGGUGCGAUGUUUGUCAGUGGCUCCCACGACAAGACAGUCCGAUUCUGGGACCUGAGGACGCGCGGCUGCGUCAACAUGGUCACCCCAGUGACGCAACCGGGCACACGACAAGGCUCCCCAGUAGCCAGCCUCUGCGUGGACCCCAGCGGCCGUCUGCUGGUUUCUGGACACGAGGACUCUUCCUGCGUCCUGUACGAUAUACGCGGAGGCCGCAACGUGCAGUGCUUCAAACCGCACUCGGCCGAUAUACGGAGUAUACGGUUCUCGCCGUCUGCCUACUACCUCCUCAGCGGCGGGUACGAUAACAAGCUGGUCUUGACUGAUUUACAAGGAGAUCUGACUCUACCUUUACCCAGCGUAGUGGUAGCCCAGCACAGCGACAAAGUUAUCUCCGGACGUUGGCAUCCCAGUGAAUUCUCAUUCUUGUCUACGUCAGCCGACAAAACAGCCACUCUGUGGGCCUUGCCACCCAUCUAACCGUCAACAGAUGAACCGCCUCAAGUCUGAACUAACCGGAAGGCAUUUUAAAAAUAAAACAGCAACUAAACUGUAGAAAUACCAUUACAAAACUUGAUCAAUAUUCGAAUAGUUUCCUUGAAUAAAUAAAGAUAGCCUGAUCAGUUUUAUUAAUAUACAGUACAAUUAUUUCUCGCGUCUAGUUGUGUCGCUAUUUUUGAAUGUCUGCAAUACUAAUCAAUACUCAUUUUUCACGUAAAUAAAAUAUUAAAUCAAUCGCCCCUAUAUUUAUAGAGAAAAUCCUUAUAACAUUUACAUACGAAAAAAUCAAUUUAAUAAAUUUAACUAGCCUUCUCAUACACAAAAAAAAUAUUUAUAUAACAAAUAAUUUGUAAUAAUGUACAUACUAUUAUUAUAUUUAAUGAUUUUUUUAUUGUUUUUAUUUCGAGCAAUGUAUUAUAUAAAAAAAAAGAAUGUUUAAGAUGAUUCUUGAUACUGACACGCUACUGAAUGUUGUGUUAAUGUUAGCCAAUAUUUACAGUUUAUUAAUAAUUUACCGAAUAAAAAUAGUUAACGUCAGUUAUGCAAGUUUGUAUUAUUAAUAUCAAAUAAAAAUAUAUAAUAUAAG